CUAUGCGGAAAAUAGUGGGGCCUCACGCUAUAUAAUGAAUCUGGAAAUCCCAAUUAUAGUCAUAUUGAGUGUAAACUAUCUGGUGUGGAGAUCUGACUCCUUCUUUUUGAAAACUAUUUGUUCGGUGAAAGUUUUGAAUACGAAAAUGAUUCGGCCAGUUAUACUUUUGUCACUAUGCACCAUCGCUCUCGCCGGAAUCAUUGAACACGACUACUCCGGAGGUCACGAGGAAUACGGUCAUGCUGAAAUUCAGGAUACCGAUGUCCACCAUGAAAUCGAUCAUAAGCACGCAACCUCGCAUCAGAGUUUCAAACUCCACCAUUUCCACCCAGUUCCAGUCUACGUGAAGAAGGAGGACCAACAUUUGUUGAAGAACCCAAUCGAAUUAGGAGGCGUCAAGCACAAGCUCAAGGUCUUGCAUCCUGAAACUGAAUUGAAUCAUAAUCACGGUCUUGUUUUGGAGAAUCACAGUGAAGUGAAAGGACACGAAUACGAAGGAGGACACUAUGAACAUUAUCACCAUGAAUGAGGUAGAUUUUGUAGGAAGGUGAAGUAGGAUAAGAUCUUCUGUGAAUUCGAAUCUAGAAAAAACCAAACUGCGAUUGAAUUAAUUAGUUUACAAGAAAAUUGUUACUUGUUGUAAUGCUCAUUUGAUAUGAUGAAUAUAAUUUAAGAUUUUUUAUAAAAUGAGAA